AUGUCUCAUAUUAUCUUAUCUUAUUUUCUGAUAGAGCAUAUCAUUUCCUGCAGUAUCAUAAUAUCAUGUUCGGAACUGCCACGGGAUCAUCGUCCUUGGACAUGCCCCACAUGGCACAUAGCUUGAACCAAAGUGAGGACUCGUCCACACUGAGCAGCAAUCCCACGCCCACACAGAAACGACGCAGUGUCAGGGCCAGCACCAGUUCUCUCCGGCGACCCACCAUUAGCGAUGAGUUUCACUUUUCUUUGCCGGGAGAAACCCGCGGCGCUCUGUCUCGCAGCAGCAGUGCUUCUUCUUUUGGUAGCACUAGAAGCCGCCAGAGCAACAACAGUUAUUCCAAUAAUGCCAAUGUCAAACAGCUUACCGUCAACAAACUGCGCCAUGAUGAUCUCGAAAAGAUGACGGAUUCUCCUUCAUCCAAGGCCCCUCUGGGGAGGAGCCGAGAAUACGACCUCUUAUCAGAGCGACUGCAAGCAGUGGUGGAGGGCCGUGUGGGCCGCGAACUAGUCUUGAUGAGUGGAUACUCUGGAGUGGGAAAGACCAAACUGGCCUCCAGCAUUCGGCCCUUGGUGAAGCGGGGUCUCUUUGUGAUUUCCAAGUUUGAUUACGACAACACUACUGCUGGUGACAACAACAACAUUGACAACGACAGCAAUCCCUACGUGGCCAUUACGGCAGCCUUUAACCGGAUUUGUCGCGAUAUUUAUCGACGCCGGUGCACUGCCAGUAGUGUGCAUGGGAGUACUGAUACUGAUACUGGCACUGGUAUGGGUGAACAAGAGAUUGACACCAAGUCCCUGUCCCAACACUUGGUGGAUGCCAUGACCCCCACGGAACUGUACCUUCUGGAAGAAAUCGUUCCCGACAUGGACCUGUUGCUGCUUGAAAACGAACAAACCCAAAGCAGUCAAUUCGCCACGGACAUUAAAGGCAACACGGAAACCAGGCCCAUUCUCUUGCACGCCUUUCGAAAGUUCUUGCGCAUCAUUGCCUACCACGCCACCUUUCUUUGCAUCGUCUUGGAUGAUACCCAGUGGGCCGAUUCCGCUUCUUUGGGGUUGCUAGAGUCCAUUCUCUCGGACCAGAAUAUCAAGAACCUCAUGGUGGUGGCCUGUUACCGAUCCAAUGAGGUCGACGAAAACCAUCCCUGGUCUAUAAUGGUCCAGGGAUUGAGAAAUCAGCAGCAGCAGCAACAACAGCAGCAGCAGCAGAAACUUGAAGAGCAGAAACUUGAACAUUCCAAUACUAAUGACACAGAUGGCGAGAGCUCUACUGGUCUUUCCAUUACGGCGCUGCCACUCGAUAACCUGGAUGUGGAUACCCUCAAUCGGAUCAUCAUGGUCCUCAUCAACACGGACGACACGGCAAGAACCAUCGAGCUAGCCACGGCCAUUCACGCCCGAACCCAAGGCAAUGCAUAUUUCUCACUGACCUUUUUGGAAAACCUAAGGGACGAAGGACUGCUAGAAUUCAACCUGGGAACCUUUCGGUGGGCCUGGGAUUGCCAGGAAAUCCUCGACGCCACGGUAGCUACCACCAACAUGGUCAGCUUGCUCAUGGACAAGAUGAACCGAUCCGGUGCCAAGGGGUGUCAAAUGACCAGGCUGCUGCCAUUGGCGGCGUGCCUGGGAAGUUCCUUUGAAAGAAAGCUGCUCGAGUUGGUUUGGAUGGAGAUUGAAAAGGUGGGCCAGGUGGGGGAUUUUAACACUAUGGAGGAUGAUGAUCAGGGCGAUUGGGUUGUGGACGGAGAGCAACCUGAUGGCAUGGAUAUGGAAAUGGCCGUGGGCGACAAUGAGCGCGAACGACAGUUUGAUUCCCUCUUGAAAAUGGCAAUGGAGGAGCAGUUUCUAGAACCCAUGGGGGAGACGAGAGUGAGGUUCUCCCACGACAAAAUCCAAGAAGCCAGCAUGUCGCUCCUGCGGGGGGAUCGUUUCGACAAGCUCAAGAUAUGUGUUGGCGUUGUAAUGCUGGCGGAAUUGGAGCCGACCGAGCUUGACUCCUGCCUGUUUGUGGCUGUGAACCUGCUCAACAGUGAUUUUCUGGAAGGGUUCCUGAAAGGCCUCUUGAUGGGAGACGCAUCCGCCACUAGUCGCAACGCUGACGACGACCUCACAGAAACAUCCUGCACGCACACGACACUUCGCUACUCUAUUGGCAACACACCUAGGUUUCUUCGACGCUUGCUUCGCGGGGUGUCUGUGAAUCCUGAUCACGAGGAUGAAAGCAGCAAGGUUUCUCCCCCACCUCCGAAAACCAACGUAUCGGUGGUGGGGAUUGAUACCGAGGACCUAGAAUUGGAGAGCUUUCGUGUGAGGUUAGCGCAGUUGAAUCUCCAGGCCGCCGUGAAGGCGAAGGGCUUGUCUGCUUUUCAUAGUGCUGCAAGCUACGCAGCCAAGGGCUUGGCGCUAUUGGGAAAGGAAGAAAAGUGGACCACCACCUUUCACUUGGCGUUGGACCUCUGCAACGUUGGAGCAGAAGCCCAGGCUAACAUUGGAGCAUUUGACAAGGCCAUGAUGUACUGCACCGAAGUGCUCGAGUGUCCACAAUGUUCUAUUGCUGAUAAAAUACGAGCAUAUAGGGUACUUGUGGCCCACAAAGGAGGCCUUGGAGACUUCAAGGAAGCGUCCGAUUUGUGCCUGGAGGAGCUGCGGCGGCUUAACUACAAAUUCCCAUCGAAUAGGGUCGUCAAAGUUUUCAAAGUAUUGAAACUUGCCCUUCAGGCGAAAAACUCCAAAGGGUUACCCUUGAGUGACGUCGCCGCCAUGCCACUCAUGGCAGACCGAAACAUCCGCGCAGUGAUGGCCUUGAUGGAGAUGACCUACACGUUCUUGUAUCUGAUGCAGGACGAAGAAGGAAUGAUUCUGGUGGUUGAUAAGAUGCGUCGAUUGACAAUGAAGUACGGUCUCUGCAAAGAGAGUCCUGGCUCACUUAUGAUCCGUUGCCACAUCAACAUGUUUAUCUUUGGCGACGUCAAGAAAGGGUUAGCUUACAUUGAAAAUGUAUUGACGGCCCUGGAUUGUUUGGGGCCAUACGCAUCUAUGGCCUUUUCCAGAACAACAUGGCAAGUAUAUGGCAUGGUAUAUUGCUGGGUUAAGCCCUUGAACACCUGCAUAGCCAAGUUAGAGGAAGGAUUUAUUCGUGGGCUCCAGGUAGGCGACACAGAGAGCGCAGCCAUCAGUGCUUGGAUAAUGGUGUCCUUUGAGUUCUUCACUGGCAAAAUGACGCUGGAUCGGCUGAAACAAAGGUGUCUGUCCUUCAUCCCUCAACUGGAAUCAUUGCAGCGGUUUGUGUUUUCGAAAUGCAUAUCUUGCCUCCUGCAACUCGCGAUCAACCUAUCAGAAGAAGGGGCACCAAAUACAACGCUUCUUACUGGGAGGGCCAUGGACGAGGCAGACAUGCGAAAGAAUGCGGCUGUCUCAUCGGAUGCAUAUGAAAGAAUCGCUCUGUAUGCUCUCGAUUUCUUCGUGCAGAUGGCCUAUGCAUUCUUUGGCGACCAUGUCAAUGGUGCGGCAUUUGCCAUCAAGCGUGGCGAUGUCAUCUUGGACGAAUUACGAGGCAACGCUCUGGGUACCCUUUGCCCAGUCCUUCGAGCGAUCUCACUAUAUGCCAUGGCACGAGAGACUACGGGUGUGCAGAGGCUGAAAUACAAGCGUUUAGCAAAACAGGCGCACUCACAUGUCCGCUUCUGGGUGCAGAACGGAAAUUGCAACAUACUGCAUCUGUUGAAGCUGCUUGAAGCAGAACGCAAGUCGCUUUCAAGGAACAAGGAGGCAGAGGCAACCGCUUUGUUUCGCGAGGCACGCGUGUUGGCUGCACGGGGUGGUUUCCGACAGGACGCCGCACUAAUAUGCGAACGGCAUGCCGAAUUCCUCCUAUUGGGAUGCUCUGAAGGCCGUGCCUCGGCUGAUAGGCCAGGGGCAGCCCGUCAAAUGGAAGAAGCUAUUCGCUAUUACUCGGAAUGGGGGGCAAUGCAUAAAGCGAAGCUACUCAGAAACAAAUACGCAGGCCUCCUUGCGGCUCAGGAUUGGGAUCAACUGGCGAUGGCGUUGCGGCAAGGGGUUGAUGUAAGAACUCGAACUUACCGCUUGAGAAAGUACAAAGACUGCUUCGUGGGAAGCGAAGCAGUGGAUUUUCUUUCCAAGCUGACAGCGAGACCAAGAGAGGAAGCCCUUGAGGUUGGCAGGCAGAUGUCAGAGCGCUUUGAUCUUCUGGAACACGUUUGCGACAAGGAUGCACAUCCUGAGUUGGAGGAUGGGUACCUUUUUUAUCGUUUUGUAACCAAACCCAAAAAGGGUGGUGGGGAACGGCGGACUCUGAUCGAGGUGCCGUGGUGAAUAGCUCGAGUUUUGCACCCCCAACCUACCCGAAGAACUGCCACAGCAGCCAGGUACAUGACGACAUGUUGUUGUCUGCAAGAAAGAGUGAGAGUACCGGUACGGAGGAGUGGAGCAUCUGGCCCAGGAAUGGAUACCAACCACAAAAACAGGUUGCUUGUUGGAGUCUUGAGGGAGCGUUGCAUUGCAUAGCAUUGCAUCACCUGGUAGAUUAUUCUAGCUUGGGUAUUGUGACGAGUUGUGGCGGGCAACAGAAUCCAUACUGUAGUGCCCUCCGAUGUAGACUAUAUACAUAUACGAUACGAGUACUGUCGGUAUCCUCUCAUUCACCCGUAUCGUUGUCAUACUGAGGCCUUCAUCGCCAUAUGGGCUUCUGGUUCCUAUAGCUAAUGCUAUUUGCAGAAGUGCACAGACUAAUGAUCCGGUUAACUCAGAUGCUACUAUUAAUAGCGAAUCAGAAGUUCGUUGGAAGCAAGGGGAUGCCGCUAGCUACCCCGAGAAGGCAAUAGUCGAAGAAAAGGGCUUUCUUCUUCAUUACUGGAAUAGGAUACGUUGAUGAACAGAACGACACUGAGACCUCAUAUCAGUACCGUAGCCCAUCAAUGAUGUUGUGGUGUGCAAAGGGCAUCAUCGAAAGCGAGAAACCCCACAAUUAGCCAUUCGACCGACUGAGUCAGUUACAGUUGUUCAUCUCAACCACUGGCAAUGGGCGAUCCUCUAUCUGCAGAGUGCGUAUUUCCAUUUGCCAGUCUCUGAGAAUCAUGGUCCUUCUUUAACUUCCUUCGAGAGAGCAUUGGUUGCCUCCAAUGGUUGUCCAUUGUAGCUACCAUUCAGUCGGUCCCAAAAGCAACACUUACCCCACCACGGGAUGUUUGCAGACGGGGCAGACGGCUCUAUGCGCGAGCCACGGAUCUAUACACCCGACGUGGAAUUCAUGAAAACAAUGAAUUCUUCUCACUCGAUCUCCCAUUUGGUAGGC